CGUCCCCGCCACAUAAUACUGAGAUAACCGGCACUGUGUUAAGAAAGUUAUAAAGUUUAACAGUAUCUCAGUAUUAUGCAGUCACUAAUUCUUCUUCACACCACCGGUGGUAGGGUUGCAGCAAUAGCUGCAAAACGGAUUAGAACCAUUUUGAACCCUGUUUUUUUAGGAAAACAUGGAAAGUCCUGGAACAUUCAUGAGGUCAAACUACUAAAGACCACUGCAGGUGAUACUAUAAGUAUAGGAGAUGUUUCAUUUACUUUGAAGAAGCCAAAGAAUCCCGAACUUGUUCCAUGUGGUCACACUUCUGAUGCAUCAGCACAAUCCAUAAUAAAACAUUUGCGGUGGAUCAUGCAAAAGGAUCUUCUCGGACAGGAUAUGUUUUUAAUAGGACCUCCAGGUCCUCUUCGUCGGUCAAUUGCCAUGCAGUAUUUGGAGCUAACCAAGAGGGAAGUGGAAUAUGUUGCUCUGUCCAGAGACACAACUGAAACAGACCUCAAGCAGAGGCGAGAGAUCCGAGCAGGCACUGCUUUUUAUAUCGAUCAGUGUGCAGUUCGUGCAGCUACAGAAGGCAGAGUUCUGGUGCUUGAAGGACUAGAAAAAGCUGAGCGCAAUGUGCUGCCUGUUCUGAACAAUUUGCUGGAGAACAGGGAGAUGCAGCUUGAGGAUGGUCGUUUUUUAAUGGCUGCAGAUCGGUAUGACAAAUUACUGAAGGAACAUGCAAAGGAAGAGCUGGAUGCCUGGAAGAUAGUCCGUGUUAGUGAAGAUUUCCGAGUAAUAGCUUUGGGCCUGCCAGUUCCUAAGUAUACAGGCAAUCCGUUGGAUCCUCCUCUUCGAUCUCGGUUUCAGGCCAGAGAUGUUUAUUAUGUACCUUUUAAGGACCAGCUACAGCUGUUGUAUUCUUUUGGACCCCGCAUUCCAGCUGAAAGAAUUACACAGCUUCUGUCUUUUUCUACAACCCUUUGCUCCCAGGAGUCCACCACCUUAGGUUUGCCUGACUUCCCUUUAGAUAAUCUGCAAGCUGCAGUGAAAAUUCUGGAUUCCUGUCCUGUGAUGUCUACAAAGGAUGUGAUGCAUCGGUUAUACCCAUAUAAUGUGUUCUUGGGAAAAGAAGGCAAGACAGCUGUGGAAGAUGCAUUGACAAGGUUUGAGCUACAGGAUUCUGGUAGCAUGCCCACACCUAGAGGAAUUUUAAAGGUGCAAGAGGCGAAGGAUGGUGAAAAUCAAAAGGCUGUGGUCACUGUUCAGGUUGAGGACAAAGAGACAACUUUUCAGGUUCCAGCUGGCACAAAUCCUGUACGCCUUCAUUCUGAUUCUCCAAAUUUUAUCAGGACGCCAAGUCAUGAACAACUUUUGGCACAAAUGAUGCAGUCUCACAUGGUUAUGGAUUUGUGCCUAAUAGGUGCAAAAGGCUGUGGAAAAACUGUCAUUACCAAGGAAUUUGCCAACAUAUUAGGAUACAAUAUAGAACCUAUUAUGCUGUACCAGGAUAUGACUGCUCGAGACCUUCUUCAACAAAGAUACACUCUACCCACUGGAGAUACAGCGUGGAGACCAUCCCCAUUGGUCACUGCCUCCCUGGAAGGAAAACUUGUUGUCCUGGAUGGUAUUCAUCGUGUUAACCCUGGAACCUUAGCUGUUCUUCAGAGACUAAUCCAUGACCGGGAACUGACCCUCUAUGAUGGGACAAGGUUACUGAGAGCAGACAAGUAUCAGAGAUUGAAAGAAGAACUUCAGCUUUCUGACCAAGAGCUUCAAAAAAGGUCCAUUCUCCCUAUCCAUCCUUCCUUCAGAAUCAUAGCCUUGGCUGAACCUCCAGUUGUGGGAAGCAGUACCCAACAAUGGCUGAGUCCAGAACUGUUGACUAUGUUCCUUUUCCACAUCCUUAAGCCUUUUUCCAUAAGAGAAGAAGUCCAGGUUGUAAAAGGAUUGGUGUCCCACAUACCACAGGAUGCAGUUGACCAGUUAUUAAAAUUUACUCAUAAGCUGCGAAACACAAAUGACCCUACAGCACAGUCCCUAGCCUCAUCACUGUCCACACGUCAGUUGUUGCGUAUUUGUCGGCGUCAUUCUCAUUAUCCAGAUGAGAACCUUCAUCAUGCCAUCAAUAAAGCUUCUCUUUCCAGGUUCUUACCAAGUCUUGCUAGAUCUGCUCUAGAGAAGAAUAUGCGUGAUUCUGGAAUUGAAGCAGCGAGUGAAGCCCAAGAAGAAAAUGAUUACACUUGUGAACUAAAAUCGGGCAUACUGAGAAUUGGGAAGAUUUCUGCAGAAGUCUCUAGUUCUGAUCAGAAGAUGAAAGUUCCUGAUGUCCUGUUUUAUGAUAAUACACAGCACUUGAUGGUGAUGGAGGACAUGCUUAAGGAUUUCCUGCUGGGAGAACACUUGCUGCUGGUUGGUAAUCAGGGAGUGGGGAAGAACAAGAUCGUUGAUAGGUUUCUACAUCUGUUAAACAAACCCAGAGAAUACCUUCAGCUUCACAGGGACACUACCGUACAGAGCCUAACAUUGCAGCCUUCUGUUCAGGAUGGCAUUAUUGUGUAUGAAGAUUCACCACUGGUAAAGGCUGUAAAGAUGGGACACAUAUUAGUCAUAGAUGAAGCAGACAAAGCUCCAACCAAUGUCACAUGCAUUCUGAAAACACUAGUAGAAAGUGGAGAGAUGAUUCUAUCUGAUGGUAGAAAAAUUGUUGCCAAUCCAUCCAGUGCAGAGGGAAGGCCAAAUGUAAUGGUAAUUCAUCCUGAUUUUAGGAUGAUUGUUCUGGCAAACAGGCCUGGAUUUCCUUUCUUAGGCAAUGAUUUCUUUGGAGCUUUAGGUGAUAUCUUCAGCUGCCAUGCAGUUGAUAACCCAAAGCCAGAGUCUGAACUCUCUAUGUUACGGCAGUACGGACCUGAUGUUCCAGAGCCCAUCCUUCAAAAACUGGUAGCAACCUUUGGAGAACUAAGAAACAUGGCUGACCAGGGAGCAAUCACAUACCCAUAUUCAACAAGAGAAGUUGUAAACAUUGUGAAACAUCUCCAGAAAUUCCCAAAUGAAGGCCUUGCAAGUGUGGUACAGAAUGUGUUUGACUUUGAUUCCUACAACAAAGAUAUUCGUGAAACUCUUUUGAGCACGUUACACAAACACGGGAUCCCAGUUGGAGCUAAACCGACCAAUGUACAGUUAGCAAAGGAGUUACCAUUACCAGACUGUAAGUUUAUUGGAUACUGGACUAUUGGAGAGAGAGAAAAUAUGAAACAAAAGAUAUUGUGUCCCACAGAAAAUCGGCAGAUAAAAAUAAAGGGUCCUGUGCAUUUACAUAUUCAGGAGUAUCCAUUACAAAGGAAUGAAGCUCGGUCUCUCAGUUUUACUGAAGAACUUGCCAACUGGAAAAUACCAAUGAACGAAGUUAAUGUUAUUUCAGAUGUCACUGUAUCUAAAGGUGAUGCUGCCGACACUCUCAUUGUAACAACCUGCAAUCCUGUCACCAUGUACUUCAUGGCUGUGCCAGGAAACAGUAUAUACGUCAUGGAUCUGUAUGAUGUUUUCCCUCGGACAGUCGGUGGUAUUUGGCAACCGCUAGUCACUGUGGCACCUCUUGGAGGUCCUCUCAGUGGUCAGGUGAUCUUGCAUGAAGAGCAGAGUAAUGUGGUGCUAUUACUGAAUCUGAACUCGGGUGCUGUUCAUCGAAUCUUGUUGUCUCAAGAAAGUCAAGAAGCCCCUAAAAAGUCUUCUUGGUGGGGAAACAAAGAAAGCCAGGAAAGCUACAAAAUGUGUAGAGAAUUUGCACACAAAAACUGGCUUGUUUUCUACAGAGAAGGCGGGAAACACUUGGAUAUCUUGGAUGUUCUGGAAGGACGUGUUCACACCAUCUCUUUGCCCAUCAGUCUACAUUCCCUUUUUCUAGUCACGGAAGACAGGUGGCUGCUGGUGGAAAACAAGACCAGACAAAAGUUCUUGCUGACUAAGCCCUCAGGCAUGCCACAUUCUGACGUUUGCCAGCUGUACAGGGUUAAUGAGGAGCCAGCCAGUGCCGGAUUUGGAUUAACAACAGGCUCUGAAAUGUCUGUACCACAUGUGGUAUCAAGAGAUCAGUUGCCAUCAGAAAAUCUGAGCGCAGCUCUCGGUCAGAAGAUUGUGUCUCCAAACAGAGUGUUAAGUGAUGCAAAUAAUUAUGCUGGCAUCAUUGUUGGUUUCCCAGAUCUUAUGUCACCCUCUGAGAUGUACACGUGGAAGAGGAGCUUCCCACUGAACAGCAAUAAUGUUUCCAGUGCAGAUCUGUUUUCCUAUGGAGGCCGGAAGACUGGAGCAGCAAAAAUACCAAACUGCAUUAUCUUAGUGGAUGCCAACCAGGUUGUUCGUGCUGUAGAUGGCCGUGAUGUGCCCUUGAAAGAAAUUUACUCAAAAGAUGUUACACCUCCUCAUAGUGCUGGAUAUUUGGAAGUGACAGACCUAAAUUCCAAAAAAGUCAAGUAUAUUCCAGUUCCAAGGCCAUCAAUGCUGUCACCAUAUACCUCUUGGUUGUCUAAAAUCUCAGACACAGAUUUUCUGGUAGCACCUAUGGGCAGUGGUAGUGUUGUGACUGUCGAUUUUGGAGGCUGCAUAAGGCUUUGGGAAACAGGGCUGUCUAACCUGCAGCGUUCUCUGUUUGAAUGGAGGAACAUGAUUGGACAAGAUGAAGGGAAGCCUGUUCAGAUAACAAUUGAGCGAGAGAGUGGUUUGGAUGUAAGUGGCCCUAAACAUGGAAAGACUGAUUUUGAUAAUAUGCCUCAUGUUGGUGGAAACAUGUGGGCUGGAGGAACAGGUGGCAGAGACACAGCUGGUCUUGGUGGAAUGGGCGGACCCUAUCGUUUGGAUUCUGGGCAUACAGUAUACCAGGUUUCUCAAGUAGAGAAGGAUGCAGUUCCGGAGGAAGUGAAGAGAGCUGCAAGAGCAAUGGCAGAAAAGGCUUUCAAAGAGAGGCUGAAGGAGAUCCAGAUGAGUGAAUAUGAUGCAGAAGCAUACGAAAGAUUCUUGGCUGCUGUUCGGUACCAGGUGCAGUCUCUGAGAGUCAUCUUAGACAGCCUGCAGGCAAAAGGUAAGGAGAGACAGUGGCUGAGACAUCAAGCUAUUGGAGAGUUAGAUGAUGCCAAAAUAAUCGAUGGACUGACAGGAGAAAAGGCAAUCUAUAAAAGGCGAGGAGAACAUGAACCUGAGCUUGGUAGCCCUCAAGAGAAGCCUAAGCGGCUCAGGUUGGUAGUGGAUGUAUCUGGUAGUAUGUACCGUUUCAAUGGUGUUGAUGGACGGUUGGAACGCUCCAUGGAGGCUGUAUGCAUGGUCAUGGAAGCUUUUGAAAAUUAUGAGCAUAAGUUUAAGUAUGAUAUUGUUGGUCACUCUGGAGAUGGAUUCAACAUAGAGCUGGUCCGAAGUGACAAGAUCCCCAAGAACAACAAACAAAGAUUAGAGAUUUUGAAGGUAAUGCAUGCACAUUCUCAAUUCUGUAUGAGUGGAGAUCACACAUUGGAAGGAACUGAUCAUGCUAUUAAAGAAAUUGCCAAAGAAGAAGCAGACGAGUACUUUGUCAUAGUGCUGAGUGAUGCCAAUCUUGAGCGAUACGGUAUUCCUCCUGAAAGGUUUGCAGAAACCUUGACGAGUGAUCCACAAGUUAAUGCUUUUGCUAUCUUCAUUGGUUCUUUAGGUGACCAAGCCAUGAGGCUUCAGCGGACAUUACCAGCUGGGCGGUCCUUUGUUGCCAUGGACACCAAGCAAAUCCCACAGAUUCUGCAGCAGAUAUUCACUUCUACAAUGUUGUCAAAACUUUAAGGAUAACUGCAAGAGCAUAUACAGAAACAUACUUCUCAAAUGUCCAGAUUUUUGCCUCACAUUUUUAGUCUGGUCUUUUGUGGCAAAUCAGAUAACUUAAGUCACUAAAUAAUGACAUACAUUUGAGUUUCAGACUUCAUAGCCGUCAGAAAAUGCAUGAUAAUGCAAAACCAAUUAUUUUAGCAACUUUCUAAGUUUGUAAGAGCAAUAUUGUCCCUGAUUUUGUGCCUUUGUAUUUAAAACUUGUUCCUGAUUUGUCUUCCCGUUAUUUUUAGCUUUGUCCAGAUUUCUUGCACUUAAAGGUUUAGAGGUGUGCAGAACAAUAAACAUGAUCAGCUAUUAGCAGAAAA